AUGAAUCCCCGCCUCCUCUCUAGCAUAUUCUCCUCCCUCGGCUCGCGCAGCUGGGCCUUAACCCGCACCCUCAAGAGCGACAACCCAAUGGACAUCAAGGGCGAAUUGCGCGGCAUGGCAACCUUCACACCGCUCCGAGGAAACGGUAACGACAACAAUGACGUCGUGUAUCGCGAAGAAGGCGAAAUGCCCAGCACGGUCGGGAUGGGCAUGGCGGGCCUCCGAUGGACGAAGAAAUAUAUCUGGCGUUUGGGCGAGAAGGGCAAUAUCAGUGUGUGGUUCGUCAAGGUUGGGGGUGAACAAGACGAGGCGGAUUACCUCUUUCAUGAGUUUGAUUUUGCCGGUGAAAACAAGGAUAAGGAUACGGAGGAUGCGACAAACCCGGUUGUCACUCCGCCUACGCCGCCGCUGCUUUCGAAUUCAGACCGGGAGACAACGGUCCUCAUGGCGCGCGGAAACCAUUUGUGCAUUAAGGAUAUGUAUCGAACGGCGUAUGCGUUUCGGAUUGAUCCCGAGACUGGUGAUGUGUUGAGCUGGUCGAGCCGGCAUAUGGUCAAGGGGCCUAAGAAAAACCAGGAUAUUGUCAAUUUAUACCGGUUGGAGGGGUGA